AUGGAGAACGGCUCGGCCAGCCCGGGAGCCGCUCUGGACGGCAGCGGCAAUCAGACCCUGGGCAGGAUGCCCCGGCAGCCCCUGGAGCUGCAGGUGGUCACCAUCCUGCUGGUGCUGCUCAUCUGCGGGGUGGGCAUCGCGGGCAACGUGAUGGUGGUGCUGGUGGUGCUGCGCACCAAGCACAUGGUGACCCCCACCAACUGCUACCUGGUGAGCCUGGCGGUGGCCGACCUCAUCGUGCUGCUGGCUGCCGGGCUGCCCAACAUCUCAGAAGUGGUGGCUUCCUGGGUGUACGGCUACGCCGGCUGCCUCUGCAUCACCUAUUUGCAGUACCUGGGCAUCAACAUCUCCGCCUGGUCCAUCACCGCCUUCACAGUGGAGCGUUACAUCGCGAUCUGCCACGCCAUCAAAGCGCAGCUCCUGUGCACCGUGUCCCGUGCCAAGCGCAUCAUCUCCUCGCUGUGGCUCUUCACCUCCCUCUAUUGCCUCAUGUGGUUCUUCCUGGUGGACACGACCCAGGUCACCUUCUCGGAUGGGGCACAGGUCAGCUGUGGCUACCGGGUCUCCAGAAGCCUUUACAUGCCCAUUUACUUCUUGGAUUUUGCUGUCUUCUACGUCAUCCCGUUGGGGCUGGCAACUGUCCUCUAUGGCCUCAUUGCCCGCAUCCUCUUCAUGAGUCCUCUGCCCGCCACCCCGCAGCACUCCUGCCUGGGCUCCACGCACCAGGGUGGCUCCCUCAAACUUUCCUGCCGGGGCACCAAGGGGGCCCUGAGCUCCCGCAAGCAGGUGACCAAAAUGCUGGCUGUCGUGGUGGUCCUCUUCGCCCUUCUGUGGAUGCCUUAUCGCACACUGGUGGUGGUGAACUCCUUCAUGGACCCUCCGUACCUGAACACCUGGUUCCUUCUCUUCUGCCGCAUGUGCAUCUACCUGAACAGUGCCAUCAACCCCAUCAUCUACAACCUCAUGUCACAGAAGUUCAGGGCUGCCUUUAGGAAGUUAUGCAAGUGUGAAGAGAAGAGUGCCGAGAAUCCCAUGCCGUACACCGCGCCGGUGUACUACAGUGUUACGAAGGACUAUUCUCAUGACAGCUCCGAUCACAACGUCACCGAACAUGAAGAUCUGAACAGUCUCCCAGCACCUGCAAAGAAGAACAAGCCUGCCAAAUAA